UAAAAAAAAAAGGAGCGCAUCUGAAGAUCAAAGCACAAAGUAACGAAGCUAGCCAUAGGAAGGAAGAGAAAAAGAAGAAGAUGAAGGCGUUAGGGUAUUGGCUAAUGGUGGUUGGGUCACUGAGAUUAGCUUCGGUUUGGUUUGGUUUCUUCAACAUUUGGGCUCUUCGUCUCGCCGUCUUCUCUCAGACCACCAUGAGUGAAGUUCAUGGACGUACAUUCGGAGUAUGGACACUAUUGACCUGCACUCUCUGCUUUCUUUGUGCAUUCAACCCCGAAAACAAACCGCUAUACUUGGCUACCUUUCUCUCAUUUAUCUACGCCUUAGGCCAUUUUCUGACUGAAUACCUCUUCUACCAUACCAUGACCAUCGCGAAUCUCUCAACAGUAGCCUUCUUUGCAGGCACAUCGAUUGCGUGGAUGCUCUGGGAGUGGAGAUCCCUUGACCAACCGCACUCCAAACUUGCUUGAUCUUCUUUUUAAGCUGUUGAUUCAUAUUUCAUCUAUAAUCUUUGAAGGAGUCUUUAAGAUGACUUGUGGCAAGUUGAACUAUGAGAAUAAAAUUUAUGGAUCUA